AUGCCUCAAGAAAUGUCAAACUUCUUCACUGAGGAGCAGUAUGGUCGAAUAAUGAGGAUGCUGAACAAAGAAAAGGUAGAGGAGCACACAGCUAAUAUGGCAGGUAAUGAUGACUCAAAUUUGUUGAAAGAUUAUAGGGAUCCUUGGGUUAUAGUUACUGGAGCAACAGAUCAUAUGGCUUCAGAUCGUAAUAUGUUGUAUGAUGUGGUAAAAUUACCUGAACUUAGGAGAUGUAAUGUUAGUUUACCAAAUGGUAAGUCUGUACCUGUUACUUAUCAAGGCAGCUAUAAUCUCACAGGAGAUGAUACCAUACAUGAUGAUCUGUACACUGGGAGGGUGAAGGGGAUUGGUAAGGAGAAAGGUGGCUUGUAUCUCUUAAUCCCAAGAAAGACAGAGAAAUACAAGGAAACACAAAAGAUUAGAAUCUGUCUUGUAGCAGGAGUGAAGGUUGAUGUUGGCACCUGGCAUAGAAGGCUUGGACACAUUCCAGUAGCAGUCAUGAAGAAGCUUGAUUUUCUAAAGACUAAGGAAUUCCUAGGUUGUAGUCUCAAUAAUUGUACUUUUGGAAAGGUCAUUAAAAUGUUGAGGACUGAUAAUGGUGCAGAAUUCUUUAGCAAAGACUGUAAGGAUUUCCUAUCAAGUUAUGGAGUUCUUCAUCAAAGCAGUUGUCCACACACUCCACAGCAAAAUGGAGUGGUGGAAAGGAGACAUAGGCACAUCCUAGAGGUGGCAAGGGCAUUGAGAUUUCAGGGCAGCAUUCCAUUGCAUUUCUGGGGAGACUGUAUGUUAACAGUUGUCUACCUUAUAAAUAGAGUACCAUCCUCAAUUUUGGGUGGCAGGUACCCUUAUGAGGUGUUUCACAAAUCUAAGCCAAGUCUUUUACAUUUAAAGGUUAUGGGCUGUCUAUGCUAUUCCACAGUUACAGAGAAGAUUGACAAAUUUUCACCUAGAGCUAUAGCAGCAGUUCACAUGGGGCACUCAGUCUCUCAAAAGGGCUAUAGGUUGUAUAAUCUUAAGGUCAAGAGAUUCUUUGUGUGUAGAGAUGUGACAUUCUAG